GAACGCGGUCGCUAGGCAACGUCGCCGUGGCUAAGGAGACGCCUUAGCCAAUCGCCUGUCGCUGCAGGACGGGGGCGGGCUAAUUCACUGGGGACCAAUCGGCGGGCGAGGCAGGCACAACAGGAAGCGAGCCCGCCCCUAGGCCGAGCGGAAGCGCGGGGAAGCGGGCGCGCCCGUCAGUGCGCGGCGGCGGCGGCGCCAUGAACAUCUUGCCGAAGAAGAGUUGGCACGUCCGCAACAAGGACAAUGUGGCCCGCGUGCGGCGCGACGAGGCGCGGGCCCGGGAGGAGGAGCGGGAGCGGGAGCGGAGGGCGCUGCUGGCCGAGACGGAGGCACGCACCGAGCUGCUGCGCAGCAGGGCCAGGCGGCAGCAGGCGCUGCCCGAGCCCGAGGCGGCCAGGCCGGUGGACCUGUUCCGGGAGCUGCUGGAGGGCAAAGGCGGGGUGAGCAGUGGCAACAAGGAGCACGAGGAGGAGCAGCGACAGGAGAAGGAGCGGCAGGAGAAGGCGCUGGGCAUCCUGACGUACCUGGGCCAGAGCGCGGCCGAGGCCCAGACGCAGCCGCCCUGGUACCAGCUGCCCCCGGGGCGCAGGGCCCCCCCUGCCGGCCCGGCCCCCGACGAGAAGGUCAAGAGCCACCUGGACCCCCUGCGCGAGAUGCAGCAGCAGCUGGGCAGGAAGCGGCGACACAGCGGUGGCCAGGACGCCGCCCGUGCCAAGGACAGGAAGGAGGGGCCCAGCAGCCAGCGGCCCCCUGGACCCCCAUCCCUGGCCCAGCUGCGGGCGGAGCGUUUGCGGCGGGAGGCGGCGGAGCGGGCGCGGGCGGAGGCCCUGCUGGCGCGGGUGCGGGGCCAGGACCUGCAGGGGCCGGCCGAGGACCAGGAGGAGCUCGACGAGCGGCGGCGACGGUAUAACUCCCAGUACCAUCCGCAGCUGGCGCGGCGUGCCCGCGGCCAGGCCCCCCAGCCCACCCCCUCCUGAGGGGCGCAGGGAGGCUGCGGCCAGCCGUCAUAUA